AUGGCAACAGUCAAAGAGGCGGUCAUAGCGAAGGAGCAUGAGCUCGAAGAGGAAUACGCAGACAUCAAUGAGAAAGCCUUACUGAGGAAACUAGACUACACUCUGCUACCAGCAGUGACAUCUCUCUACCUUUUAUCCUUCCUGGAUCGUAGCAAUGUGGCAAAUGCGAGGAUUGAGGGUCUAGUCAAGGACCUGAAGAUCACUGGGGACCAAUAUCUGACCUGCCUUACCAUCUACUUCAUUGGAUAUGUACUGUUCGAGGUCCCUUGCAAUAUCAUCCUAAAGCGCACUAGUCCAAGGGCUUGGCUACCUACUCUCACACUGGCUUGGGGAAUCGUUGCGACUCUACUUGGUGUGACCCAAAAUUUCGGUGGCUUCUUGGCCGCCAGAUUCUUCCUUGGAGUCACCGAAAGCGGCUUGUUUCCCGGUGUUGUCUUUUACCUGUCUAUGUGGUACAAGCGCAAUGAACAGCACUAUCGUGUGGCCCUUUUCUUCAGUGCUGCGUCUCUGGCAGGAGCUUUUGGCGGUAUUCUAGCUUGGGGCAUUGCACAUAUGAAAGGUGUGGGAGGUCUGAAUGGCUGGCGAUGGAUUUUUAUCUUGGAGGGCAUCUUGACGGUCCUCGUCUCAGCGGCCUCCUACUUCUUCAUCGCCAACUACCCCGACACCGCCGAAUUCCUCUCCGACAGAGAACGCUCCUUCAUUCACGCCCGUCUUGCCGCAAACAGCGACGCCACGCGCAACGAAGCCUUCACCUGGUCAAACGUGUCCACAGCCUUCAAAGACUACAAAGUCUGGCUCGCAACUAAUGACUGUACCCCCUACUCCGUCGCUUUCGUCCUCACCCUUACCGUCGCCGUUCUCUCGGAACGCUACCGCAUCCGCGCCCCCUUCAUUAUGGCCUCUUCUUCCAUCGCAAUCAUCGGCUAUAUAAUUCUUCUCAGCAACCCGCUCUCCCGGCCAGGGGUCUCCUACUUUGGAACCAUCCUCGCAGCCGCGGGGAUCUACCCAGCUACGGCUCUUGUGCUCGCUUGGCCUGCAAACAAUGUGUCGGGGCAGACGAAGCGCGCCACGGCGAAUGCGAUGCAGAUUUCAAUUGGUAAUUUAGGGGCUGUGUUGGGAACGCAAUUGUAUAGGACGGAGACGGCCCCGAAAUAUCUCUUAGGCCAUUCGUUUGCCCUGGCGUAUCUGAUUUUCAAUGUGGCGGUUGUGGGCACGUUGGGAUGGAUUUUGAAGCGGGAGAAUGAGAAGAGGGACAGAGAGGUUAGUGAGGGGAAGGUAGUUUUGACGGACUAUAGAGAUGAUGAAUGGGGUGGGGAUGAGGAUAAGAGGUGGAGAUUUCAGACGUGA